UGCAAUGUAUAUACCAUGGAGGUAUCUGUUACUGAACCUUCGACCAUAGAUACUUGGUCGAAGUACUGAACUGAAUAGUGAAUACCUGUGGUUUGUUUACAAAUGGAUGUUGAUGAAUUAGUUUUUGACGGAAUUGGAUGGUGUUCGUAAAAGUCGACAUGGAAGAGGACGAAGUGCCUCUUGCGUGUGCCAACAGAAACUUGAGAGACAAAACACGAAAACAGUUCGAAUCACUGUUAAGAUCUGCCGUGAAGCGUUCGCAGAGAUCUAAGGAGACAUCUCAUAGACAUGGUACAGAUGAUACUGGACAGUCUGCUGAUUACAAACAUACUAAUGCUGUCCCACAAAGGAAGAAGGUUAAGAAUUUCAGGAGAAAAUAUGACUCCUUCACAAUGGAUAGUCAACAUGAGGAGCCACGUGACACUGCUAUUUGUAAUAGUACGCAGAGCUUGUUGGUUGGUCCUCAAGAUAAAGGAGAACAGAAAGAAAGGAAUGUAACUGAACAAAUGUUACAUAAAUUUGGUAAAGAUACAAAAGGGAAGAGAAAUAAUAUUAAAUAUUCAGAGAGAAAAAGUGGUCAGAGUAAUUCAAGAAUAACACCAUCAGAAGAAAGUUCAAGUUUGAGUAUUCAUUGUUCUCAAACCCAGGAAUACAGUGCAUCUAAAUCAGGUAAUAUUGAUAAAGGAAGUGCAAUUCAUGAUUCAUUAAGUAACUCCUCUGAUCAGUUGCCCGCUGCAGAAUAUGGCAGAGAUGGCGCAAUAAAUGUUACCGUGCCAACAAAUAAUCAAGAGGAAGAGUGCCAGUCCACAACCAAAUCACUAAUUGAGGCCAAAGAAUAUCAGAAAUUUGAUUCAUGUGAUCAUAAUUUAAGACAUAACUACUUUUCUGACAGUGAAGCUUUUAAAAGAGAGAAAAGGACUUCCAGAAGAAUAUCUUACAGAGAUCAAAGGAAGAAAAAGUUUAAUGCCUCUGACUCAUCAGAAAAGAUCUAUGAAGACAUUGUUUUGCAUCAUAAUGUUUCAGAAAUGAAAAAAUCACGAUCUGUUUGUGAAACAACGCCAGAAUGUGAAAGUACUACAUCAGUGUAUCAUUCUAGUGAAGAAAUAUCUGGAACAAAUUUAGUUGAUAGUGAAUACUCAGCUGCAGAAUUGGAUCAGAGAAGUAAUCAUUCAGAUUAUGAAGAAUUAGCAUGCAAGAAAGUUGUAACAGGUCUACCAGAUGCUCAAAAUAGUUCCACAAAACAGUAUACUUAUGAAAAAGUUAUAGGUUUGUUUGUCCACAAGACUGAUCAUUUGAAAACUAAUAACUUUAUCAGACACCCCACUGUAAAAGUACAUAUUCUGAAUUCAGAGACAGGUGAAAAACUAGAGAAAAGUGACAAGAAACGGUGUGUUUCAUUCUUCCAUGAAAAUGAUGUUGAGCACAUAUUACCUCUGAUGACUAAACCUUACAACUUUAGAGAGAAAAGGUCUUCUGUCCCCUGCUGGGAGGAACUUCUUGUUUUCAAUGAAGAUAUCAAUUAUAUAUUGACAAGAAAUCCUCCUGUUAUAAUUAUUUUUGAGAUACUGGAUAUGAUAAAAUUGCAUCAUGCACUCACACGCUAUGAAAGCCAAGGUUCAAAGUGUGGCUGGCACAAAAUAGCAUGGGCAUUCCUGAAACCUUUAGGAGCAAAUGGCCAUCUAAACAUAGACAAAAAAAUUCGUUUACAGCUGUAUAAACCAAACAGCUCUAAAGAAACGGAUUACCAUGGAUGUGAAGCAUACAGAUGGUGGAAGAAUGGUUCAUGGAAACUGUAUCCAUCAUCACUUUAUGUUAUGGUGAAAGGUAUAACGGAACCUAGAAAUUUACCACCUUCUUUACGUUCUCAUGUUGCCUUACAGCCUGAAAUUUCCAGCAGUGUACAACUGAACCAAGAAUCUGAGCCUAAGAAACAACAAUCACAUCAGGAAAGUGCAACUGUAGAAAAAAUUCAGUGGUCACGACUGCCUUUCCAGUCAUGCAAAGUGCCAAAUCAUUGUGUAUCAAUGUUUGGUCCCACAACCCAGAGUGGAUGUCUUUCUCUCUCCUUCAGUCACUCUGGCAGUUUGUUGGCCUGUGGGAUGGAUCAUGAGAUCUGCAUCUAUGAGAUAGCAAGUGGGAAUAAAAUUUUUAACCUUACUGGUCAUCAGGGACUUGUGUACAAUAUCAGCUGGUCUCAUAACGAUAAUCUCCUACUUUCUGCUUCUUCAGACAGUACGGCAUGUCUGUGGAACAUUGAGAGUGGAUCAUAUAGACCUCUGCAGAUAUUACCACAUCCUUCAUUUGUUUAUGUUGCUCAAUUCCAUGUGAGCAAAAGUACAAUUGUUGUGACAGGAUGUUUUGAUCACAUGGUGAGAGUGUGGAGCAAACUCUUAAAAGAUGAAAUGUAUGAGCUUCUUCAGGAACUGGACAUCCAUAAAGGUUUCAUCACAUCUCUCUCCUUAAAUAAAGAUGGUAUACUAAUUUCAGCAGACAGUAUUGGAGUAAUAGUUUUAUGGAAAAGUACAAAAGUCUCAAAGCACCAGUACAAAUGGGAGUUUAAAAAGAAAAUUGAGCUGCAUGAAACCCGCGGCAUUACUAUAAACUAUUUAGUGCUCCACCCAGGAGGAAGACGCUUACUAGUGCAUGCUAGAGACAGUUUGUUGCGAAUGGUUGACCUUGCCACAGGAUCAUCCAUUCAAUGGUUUAGAGGUGCAGUCAACUAUAGGUUUCAGUCUGCAGCAUGUAUUACACCUUGUGGGAGUUUAGUGUUUUGUGGCAGUGAAGAUGGCACUGUUCAUGUGUGGAAUGCAGAUACUGGUGAUGAAGCAGCAAUAUACACGAAGCUUAAGUUUGGUGGCAGUGGAAGUUGUGCAGUCAGUUCUGUAACAUAUCACCCUCAUGAUCACAUAGUGGCAUUUGCAUCACAUAGUUCUUUCUCCCACAUCCUGCUGUGUUCAUUCAGUAAACAAGAACAUUCCAAUACAUUAGGAAUUCAUUUCUUUAGGGACUGUAGUGCAAACCAUAUUACAAGAGGAGCUGAUGAUGAAGACAAUAGUUAUAAUGAUGAUGAUCCAAUUCAGAGGAGCCUCACAUCACUUUCUGCUUCAAAAGGAAUGCGUAAAUUGUCUGAUUCUCUGCUGAAUAUGAGAUUCCUAAAAAGGAAUCAACAGGUGGAAAAUCUUAAGUAUUUACAAUCACCGCCUUCUGAGGAAAUUGGAGACAGCAGCGAUGUAGUAGAUAACACUGACACACGUUUGCUUGGCAUCAUACAGGAAAUGGAUAGAAUUUUAUCAAACACUUCAUCAAAAGCCAGCAGCCAGUGCAUUAGUUUCUCACAACUGCACAAUGAAGAAAAUGAAGUUCCCUCAAAAGUUUGCAGUCAACACAGUAACAAAACACGCUAUACCUCGUAAUAUACCAAAUCCGAGAUAAAGUGAUACUUUUAUGAGAGGCGCAUAGAAAAUUUUAAUCUUGUUGUAAU